AUGAUGUACGACCCGCUCGGUGGCUCGAGCGACAGGAUCCUGAAAGAUCGUCAAACAGCCAUCAAUGAGACACCAUCAAGGAGAAGAUACGUCGCACGCGAUGUCAGAGUUCAACUUAUCCAGAUAUUGAUAGCAUCCCUGAUCGGCCUCACACUAGCCGGUAGCCUUGGAGGCUACGGUGGCCCCAGCGGUGGUGAUGCCGCCGGUGACUCCGGUGGAGGAGGCUCGGGGUGGCAGCCAGAAGCCGGUGGGGGAGGAAAGGGAGGUUCGUCCGGUGGCGGGUGGCAACCGCAGGGCGGUGACUCUGGAUCUGUUGGCGGCGGCUGGCCAGCCUCGGGUGGAGGUGGUGGCACCGGCGGUGCCGGAGGCGCUGGAUGGCAACCGCAGGGCGGCGGAGGUGGCGGCGGUGGCUGGCAACCACAAGGUGGAGCAGGAGCCGGUGGCUGGCAGGGGGGUGGCCUUGGUGCCGCCAGCGGCAAUAGUGGCCAUGGCAGCAGCGGUGGCGAUGGCGUAAAGCACAUUUAUAUAAUCCGCACUGUCACAACAACCGGCGCUGCUGGACACGGAGGUGGCGGAAAAUCCGGUCAAGGAGGUGGCCAUGGAGGAUGGCAAGCUGGUGGUGGUUCUGGCGGCUCCGGCGGCUCUGGUUGGCAAGCCGGUGGCGGCUCUGGCGGCUCUGGCGGCUCUGGCUGGCAAGCCGGUGGUGGCACUGGCGGCUCUGGUUGGCAGACGGGUGGAGGCUCGGGGUGGCAGACAGGUGGCGGCGUAGGAGGCUCGGGCUGGCAAGCUGGUGGUGGAUCCAGCGGGUGGUCCAGCGGCGGUAGUGGUGGCGGCUCUAGCGGAUGGCCCAGUGGGGGAGGCAACAGCGGCGGCUCAGGAGGAUGGCCUAGCGGCGCAAGUGGUGGGUGGCAAGCCGGGGGUGGAGGCGGACACGGUGGCAAGGCUGGUGGUGGAGCAGCGGGUGGCGUCACGAAGCACGUGUACAUCAUCAAGACUCUGAGCAGUGCUUCGAGUGGCGGUCACGGCGGUGGACAUGGUGGUGCCAGUGGUCACGGUGGUGGUGCUUCCGGUGGUCACGGAGGAGCACAUAGCGGCCACGGAGGAAGCACCAGUGCUCACGGAGGGGGCCAUGGCAGUAGUGGUCACCGCGGAGCUUCUGGCGGUGGCGCUCCCGAAAGCAUAAUUGUCAUCCGCACCGACGGAGCCUCCGCCGCCGGGGGCCAUGGUAGCCACGCUGGCGGCCAUGGAGCAGUGAGCAGCUUCGGAGGUGCAGCUGCGGUCAGCCACGGUACGGUUGCCAGCGCUGCUGCUGGUGCGGUAUGGCGAGCAACUGUCGGAGGAGGAGGCGCAGGAUGGCCCACUUCUGUCAGUGACAGUAGCGGUGCUGGCUGGCAGGCGGGCGGCGGCGGCGGCGGCGGUGGUGGCAAUGCUGGCGGAUGGCAGGCUUCUGGUGGUGACCUUGGAGGUCGCUGGCAACCCGCAGGCGGGACGGCUGCCGGCGGAGGCGGCGGUGGCUGGUGGUAG